UCCCUGGAAUAGAGUUCCCCUAAGCGCCAGAGCAAAACGUUCCCAUGCAAAAAAAGAAAACCUAUUUUUGCUACUUGCUUAAGCCUGAGAUUAGAUUUAAAACUGACUUCUGCUAGACAAGCUUAUUUCCCGAAAUCAACAGCAUAUCGAUUGCGCCGGAACAGCAAAUUUAUUCCAACGUUGUUUUUUCCUUUUCCACUGCCGGAAGACAUUAGAAGGGAAACGCCGAGGCCAAAUGGCUGCCUUUUCUAUGCGGGGCUGUUUUUCCCCUCUCUUUUAAUUCCAUAUUUCAAGGACGGAUGAAGUCUUUGUGAUCCUCGAUGAGCGCACCAAGAUGACACACUGAUAAACCAGUCCUGGACUGGAAACCAGCACAGUUGGACCUGUCCAUCUAUAGCCCAGAAUGGCCAGCUUCCUACUCUGAACCAAGAGUACAUGUGCCAUGUCCAAGAUGUUUAGUGUGACUCAGACGUCCAAGUCCCAGUUCCUGGACAAGGCCAGGCAGGCUCGUGAAGAAAGAAAGGGCCACAAGGAGCGGGAAAGAGCUGCCAUAAUGAUCCAGGCCCUUGUCCGACGGUACCUCUGUCGUUGUAAACUUCACAAGGAAAUAAGGAAAGAAGUGGAUGAAUUCUUUGAGGUAUGCAAUGCAGAUCCUUCCAAAAGGACUCCGCUUUCUAUUUUUGAAAUCGCAAGAAAGAUUUUAUUUGUAUUCAAGAAAGCAGAAGACCAGGCGAGAUUUGAUAACCUUUGUCGUUGCAUUCUUGCUAGUAUGGAAGCUGAGAAUGAGAUCAAGAUGUGCUAUGUUUCACUAGCUUAUUCAAAAGAGUUCUCCCUCUUGUGGAUAAAGCAAGUGAAGGACAUACUUUGGAUCUGCUGUGAGUUACUCAAAAAACUGAAGCCUGAUAUUCUACAGGACAGUAAGCUCGUCACUUUGUAUCUUACAGUGUUAGUUAGUUUCACUGACGCCACCAACUGGAAAACUGUACAACUAAAAGAAGGACUUCGGCCAGCAAUGAAUCGAAUUUGUGAAAACGUAAUGGGCUACCUGAUUCAAAAAGGAUUUUAUUCUACCAUGCAGGUUUUGCUGACAAAUGGUCUGGCAGGAUCCAGACCAUCCCUGUCUAAAGCUACUUUAUAUGCUACCUUCACUUUGGUGUUGCGUCCUGUAAUUGCCGCUCACUUCUCUGACAACCAACUGAGGUAUUUCCUGAUAAGUUUUAUGUCGGUCCCUGCUGUCAUUCACCAUCUAUGCACACUAGCACCAGAGUGUCUGAUUAGCUUCCAGAUUCACGACCUCCUGCGGAAAUUCAUCAUUUACCUGAGCAGAGAAGAUCUGUGCAGUGAUAUUUGCACUUGUCUUGAAGGAAGCCACACUCUCUGCCUAUUAAGUAAUAUUGUUCACCUUGGAUUCCUGAAUGGGAAAAUCAUGGAGGAAGAAGUAAACCUUUUUGUAAAAGCUCUGACAGACAUGCUGUCCUCCUGUCAAAUAUAUGUUUCCCAGAAGAAAUCCAAUCUAACUCACUGGCAUGCUGUUCUAGGCUGGUUUUCUCAGAAGGUUGACUAUAGUUUAAGAGAAUCUAUGCCAUUGGUAGCAAAACAGCUCCAGUACCUUUGGGGUGUUCCAAUCAUCCGGAUCCUUUUUAGUGAUGUUCUGAGCAAGAAGUUGGAGAGCCAGGAGCCAGCUCAGUCAUCAGCUCAUUCUUCAUCCUCACCAAACAACCUUCCCGUGAAGAAUCUUUUCAAGCGGGCAUUUCAGAAAUCAGCAUCGGUUCGAAAUAUCCUAAAACCAAUUGGAGGGAAGAAAGUAGAUUCUGUGGAAGUGCAGAAGGUGUGCAGUAUCUGCGUGCUGUACCAGGCAGCACUAACUACUCUUACACAGAUUAAGCUACAAAUUCUCACAGGGUUAACAUAUUUGGAUGACCUGCUGCCUAAGCUUUGGGCCUUUAUCUGUGAAUUAGGACCCCAGGGAGGCCUGAAGCUCUUCUUAGAAUGCCUCAAUAAUGACAAUGAAGAGUCUAAGAGGCUCCUAGCCAUGCUCAUGCUCUUCUGUGACUGUUCUCGGCACCUGAUCACUAUUCUGGAUGAGAUUGAACUGUAUGAAGAGCAGAUUUCUUUUAAAAUGGAAGAACUGGUGACCAUCUCCUCUUUUCUGAACAGCUUUGUAUACAAAAUGAUCUGGGAUGGCAUUUUGGAGACCGCCAAAGGAGAGAAGCUUGAACUCUUUCAUUCUGUCCAUGGGUGGCUGAUGGUGCUUUAUGAGAGGGACUGUCGACGAAGAUUUGCUCCUGAGGACCACUGGCUGCGCAAGGACCUCAAACCCAGCAUUCUGUUCCAGGAGUUGGACAAAGGAAAGAAGCGAGCGAAUCAUCUGCUACAGCACAUCCCCCAUGUCAUUCCCCAUAAAAAUAGAGUCUUACAUUUCCGCACCAUUGUCACAAAGGAGAAGGAAUCCUUGGGACUAGUGGAAACAAGCUCAGCCUCUCCUAGCGUUACACACAUUACAAUUCGACGCUCCCGCAUGCUGGAGGAUGGUUAUGAACAACUACGAAAACUUCAAGCCAAAGCUAUAAAGGGGGUGAUCAGAGUGAAGUUUGUUAAUGACCUUGGGGUAGAUGAGGCUGGAAUUGAUCAAGAUGGUGUCUUUAAAGAGUUUUUAGAAGAGAUCAUUAAGAAAGUCUUUAAUCCAGCUCUCAAUCUCUUCAAGACAACAAGCGGGGAUGAAAGACUGUAUCCUUCUCCUACCUCCAACAUCCAGGAGAAUCACCUGCAACUUUUUGAAUUUGUGGGAAAAAUGCUGGGUAAAGCCAUUUAUGAGGGAAUUGUGGUAGAUGUGCCUUUUGCCUCCUUCUUUUUGAGCCAAGUCCUAGGGCAUCAUCACAGUACCUUCUAUAGCUCAAUAGAUGAGCUUCCAUCACUGGACUCUGAAUUCUAUAAAAAUUUGACUUCCAUCAAGCGUUAUGAUGGAGAUGUUAGUGACCUGGGUCUGACCUUGUCUUAUGAUGAAGAUGUCAUGGGCCAGCUCGUCUGCCAUGAGCUUAUUCCAGGAGGAAAAACUAUACCAGUCACAAAUGAGAACAAAAUCAGCUAUAUCCACCUUAUGGCCCAUUUUCGGAUGCGUACCCAGAUCAAAGAACAGACCAAUGCCUUCAUCCAUGGCUUCCGCUGCAUCAUAAACCCUGAGUGGCUGCGAAUGUUUUCCACGCCUGAAAUGCAGCGGCUAAUCUCUGGGGACAAUGCAGAGAUUGACUUGGAAGACCUGAAGAAGCACACUGUUUAUUAUGGAGGAUUUCACAGCAGCCAUCGGGUAAUCGUCUGGUUGUGGGAUAUCCUUGCUAAUGACUUUACACCAGAGGAAAGAGCCAUGUUUCUGAAGUUUGUCACCAGCUGCUCUAGACCUCCUCUACUAGGUUUCACCUACCUCAAGCCCCACUUCUCCAUUCGCUGCGUAGAAGUGUCUGAUGAUCAGGACACGGGGGAUACCCUGGGUAGUGUUCUCAGGGGUUUCUUCACAAUUCGUAAGAAAGAACCAGGGGGGCGUCUCCCCACCUCUUCCACAUGCUUCAAUUUGCUCAAGCUUCCCAACUACAGCAAGAAGAGUAUUUUGCGUGAUAAGCUGCGCUAUGCCAUCAGCAUGAACACAGGCUUUGAGUUGUCGUAGUGCUGUUCCACUCUAAGGGAGCAGUGCUGAACAAUCAAGAGUCCAGUGGCAAGCCUGUGCUUACCACUUUUGUCCUUCACAGAGUGAAAGGUUGCCAGCAGAAAAGACGUACAAGUGACACUUUCCUUCGAUUGCCUAUGGGAUGAGACUUGCUGGAGGUUGACUAGCUGUGUGCUGGUCUUUCCCCUCUGGUGUUUUGACAAGCUGAUAGGCGGCAGCCUUUUUUGAGGUUCCAUUGGUGAAGGGAUUUGAUGACACAGCCCCACAGUCCUCCUGCCCAUAACAGAUACUUCUAAAGGACAUCUUGUGAAAUUCUUCAGGCAUUUUCCAAAUUCACAAGCAUAUAGUAAAGACUUUGGGCCAUAUGUACUAGAAGAGCUGAUACCCAGAUUCAGGUUCUUGCAGCAGGUGGGAGCUGGUGGACACCCUGCUGGAUUAAACUAUGCUACAUGUGGGGACAAUCGUCUGUGGGAGGCUUGGUGUUUUACAAGAAAAGGUGUGUUUUUUAUGCUUUUGUUUUCACAAAAAUAUUUCUACCCACACAGAUACCCCAUACCACCUUGGAGGUGAGUGAUUCCAUUCAUUUUCAAGUAAGUGUACACUACUCAGUACUGUAUGAUGAUACCUCAAUCCUCUGUCUGAAGAAGUUAAAACCUAUCACUGAAGCCACUGAUUUAAUCUAGUUUUCCUAAAUCCUGGGUAUUCCUUAAUGACACUUCUUUAAGU